UUGCAAAAGAUUUCUUUAAACACUCACACAGACAUGGAUGAGAGGUUGCAGAAUGCUGCCAUGGAAGGAAAUGUGGAUGCAUUAUAUUCAGUACUUGCAGAGGAUCCUUACGUUUUAGAGCGUAUUGAUCAAGUACCAUUUGUGACUACUCCCUUGCAUACAGCUGCAAGGGAGGGAAAGAUCCAUUUCGCCAAGGAGAUACUAAACUUAAACCCUUCAUUUGCUUGGAAGCGAGACCAUCUUGGGCGUAGCCCCCUCCACUUGGCUUUGGAGGGAAAGCACCUGCAGGAAGGGCUUAGUCCCCGUGAUUUGGAUUUGGAAGAGAAGUACCAGGAACUUGUAACAUGGUUGAUAAAACAUGACAGUGAGGUUGUCCGUGUUAAAGCAAAGGGGAUGGUUACUCCUCUGCACUAUGCAGCUCAACUAGACGAUGAAUCCAGUGUGGCUGACUUUUUGUAUGUUUGUCCAUUAUCAAUCGAAGAGUUGACUGUUAAAUCUGAAACUGUUGUACAUGUGGCUGUAAAAAACGGGAGUUUGAAAGCCUUUAAAGUCUUGUUAGGAUGGCUUCGACGCUUCAACAAAGAGGAGAUCCUGAAGUGGAAGGACGAGGAAGGAAACAAUCCAUUGCAUACUGCAGUGUCUGCAGAUCAACCUGAGGUAAGCAUCCGAUUUGCCUUGUCAUUUUCUUUAUAUAAGCUUCUAAUAUUUCAUUUUCUACUCAAUUGUGAAGAUGUUGAAGCUGUUGAUUGGAUAUCUGAAAGUGAAUAUAAACAACAGUUAAGGUUUGAUAGCUUUGGACAUCUUCUACCUUCGCCAAUGUCAAGGUUUGGUAGAUGCAGCUGUUGGUAACAUUCUACUUGCUGCUAAAGCUAAAACUGCAUCUCAACUCCAUCUUCCGUCUUUAAGAGAUUCAAAAAAAACUUUACUAGUCGAGUACUUUUCUGGUGGCUUAACGUUUUCAGAAAAAAUUCUGAAAAGAUUCUCGCUGGGUUACCGAAGAGUUGAUGAAGUUCCUCUUGAAGUCCGGAACGUACUACUUGUGGUGGCUAUAUUGAUAGCCACAGCCACCUAUCAAGCAGCACUAAGCCCCCCCGGAGGAUAUUGGCAAGAUGACGGCAAUCUGCAGCCUGCAGCCAACAACACUGGUAUCAGUAACACCACCAGCACCAUCUUUAAUACAGAACAACAUGCUGCAGGGGAGAUGAUUCUGCAGUCUUCAGGACAAUUUUCAUUUUUGACAUUUAAUUCUUUGGCCUUUUUUACGUCUGUGUGCUUUAUUUCCACUCUUGUAGCUGGCCUCCCAUUUUACAUAAUCAUUAUCGCAAUGACAUCUUGGAUGGAAUUUUCUUA